GGAGGGUCCCGGGUCCCCGGCUCCGCCCGGUCCCUCCCCGCCUUUUAGGCGGUGGCUCUGGGCUGGGACGUCUCAGUGCCUCCUGGUCCAAAGAGCCAGCCGUCUGCCCGACCCCGGCCCGUACAGCCCAUUUCUCUCAGCUCGGCGUCUCCAGCCCACUCCCAGCCGCAGCCAUGGACGCCAUCAAGAAGAAGAUGCAGAUGCUCAAACUUGAUAAAGAGAAUGCCAUCGACCGAGCGGAGCAAGCAGAAGCCGACAAGAAACAAGCCGAAGACCGCUGCAAGCAGCUGGAAGAAGAGCAACAGGGACUCCAGAAGAAGCUCAAAGGAACAGAGGAUGAGGUGGAAAAGUAUUCUGAGGCUGUGAAAGAUGCCCAGGAGAAACUGGAGCAGGCUGAGAAAAAAGCCACGGAUGCUGAAGCAGAUGUGGCCUCCCUGAACCGGCGCAUCCAGCUGGUAGAGGAAGAGCUGGACAGGGCCCAGGAGCGUCUGGCCACAGCUCUUCAGAAGCUGGAGGAAGCAGAGAAAGCAGCGGAUGAGAGCGAGAGAGGGAUGAAGGUCAUUGAGAACAGGGCCAUGAAGGAUGAGGAGAAAAUGGAGCUUCAGGAGAUGCAACUAAAGGAAGCCAAGCACAUUGCUGAGGACUCCGACAGAAAAUACGAGGAGGUGGCCCGGAAGCUGGUGAUCCUGGAGGGGGAGUUGGAGCGCUCAGAGGAGAGAGCAGAGGUGGCUGAAAGCCGGGCCCGGCAGCUGGAAGAAGAGCUCCGAACCAUGGACCAGGCCCUCAAGUCCCUGAUAGCCUCGGAGGAGGAGUAUUCCACCAAAGAAGACAAAUAUGAAGAGGAAAUCAAACUGCUGGGGGAUAAACUGAAGGAGGCUGAGACUCGGGCAGAGUUUGCUGAGAGAUCUGUGGCCAAGCUGGAGAAAACCAUUGAUGAUCUGGAAGAUGAGGUCUAUGCCCAGAAGAUGAAGUACAAGGCCAUCAGUGAAGAGCUGGACAACGCCCUCAACGACAUCACCUCCCUCUAAGACCUGAGUCCCAAAUCCCUGGCGCCCUCUCUCCUCUAUUCCCCUUUUCUCAUCUUCUUUCCAUUCUCAUGGGGAGGUGGAGCAGGAGGAGCCAAAGCUGCUGACCUUGCACAAAAAAGCCAGGCUGGGGUGGGGGGCUCUGGCCAGAACCACCAUCGCUCCCACCCCUCCUGCUACUCACUGUCCAUCCUUCUAUCUGUCUGCUGUUUAAUAAACUUUCAACCUGGA